AUGGCCCGCUGCGUGCUGCCCCGGGCGAGGAUCGAGGGGUACCGGGCGGGGGGCSCACGGCCCGGCCCGACCCGGCGUGCCCGCGGAGCGGUGACGAGGCUCCGGAGUGAUCUCCUGGCCCUGCUGCUGGCCGCGCAGGCGGCCGGGCCCCCCCGCGCCAAGGGCAACCGGACCCAGGGGGCGGCGGCGCCCCGGCGGACCCCCAAGCCGGGCAAGGAGCUCCUCAACCAGACGCUGCCGGGCGCGGGGGCGGCCGCCCCCACGGCGCUGCCCGGGCGCGGCAAGGGCGCGGGCGGCGGCAGGACCCCCCCCGGCGGCGGGGGCGGCGGGGGGGCCUCGGCCCCGGCGCACGAGACGUGCUGGGGCUACUACGACGUGAGCGGGCAGUGGGACAAGGAGUUCGAGUGCAACAACAGCCUUACGGGGUUCCGCUACUGCUGCGGCACCUGCUUCUACCGCUUCUGCUGCAACAAGCGCGCGGAGAAGCUCAACCAGAGCCUGUGUCGCAACUACAAGAGUCCUGAGUGGGCCCACCCCACCACGGCCAGCGGCGCGCUGCCCGCCGACGGCAGCAACGGCGCUGAUGGGGACGCCGAUAAGUACGACCCGGACAAGGACAGCACCAACGCCACCGUCUACAUCUCGUGUGGGGCCAUCGCCUUUGUCCUCAUCGCCGGCGUCUUCGCCAAGGUGGCCUACGACAAGGCGCGUCGCCCGCCCCGGGAGAUGAACAUACACAGGGCUCUGGCUGACAUCUUAAGGCAGCAGGGACCAAUCCCAAUAGCACACUGUGAAAGAGAGACUAUCUCGGCCAUAGAUACCUCCCCCAAAGAAAACACCCCAGUCAGGACAUCUUCCAAAAACCAUUACACCCCUGUGCGCACCUCCAAAAGCAACCCAGGUCACUAUGGAAAGGAUAUUUAUCGAAGUGGAGGGCCAGAUCUCCAUAAUUUCAUCUCCUCCGGGUUUGUCACAUUAGGAAGAGGACACACGAAGGGUACAGUGGAAACAAUUUUUUGCUAAAUCAAAAAGAUUGUUUUAAAUAAAAGGCUAUAACUAAGAAGCUGGGUUCUAAGUCCUAUAAGCUAACAGUAUUGAACUGCAGUCAGUAGAUUCAGUCUAGCAACUAACACUGCAGGUAAAAUGCUACUGCCAGAAUCUUUUAAAUCCUAGCAAGGGAGACAGUGGUAGGGUGUAGAGUGGGAAAGUCAGGCUCCAGACCCCACGUUGACUUUGUAGUUCAACAAUUUAUAUUGCUUUGCGUUUUUCUGGGUGCAUGGAUGCAAACUGCCAUUGUGCUACUGUACUUAAAAAGGAAGGGAGGAGGAGUGUAAUACUGUCCAAAGGUAGGCAGUUACAAGUCAAGAGUGGGGUUUUGGAUAUAUUUUGUUUGAUUUCUGGUC